AUGAAGCUCGACACAUACUUGUCCCCCGCAUUUAUCAACCCCCUUACCUCCCUCCACAAUGCCACUUACAACCAACCCUUAGCCGCGUUGGCAUCCGCUUCUACCACCUCGAUCUGGUCCGACGCAUCCUCCCAGCACUCGGACGACAAUACCUCCAACGGACCCUCUUCCGACUCCGAAUUCAGCGAAUCCUGCUUUUCUAUUGCGCCCACAUCUUCUCAGAGCUCAGUAAGCUCCUUUGGAAGCUACUGCGAGCCAGUCAUCAAGAGCUGCGAUCCCUGGGUCCGCCAGCAACAUGAACAGUAUUCUCAGCCCGAAUCAUGCGCGCCAUUGCGCCAGAACCCCCGCCGAACCUCCAACUCUGCGACUUCAAGGACUGGGCGUCCCCCUGCGCUCGUGCGCCAGGCUGACCGGAAGGUCAAUUUCGUUGACAACCUCGUCGACACUUCGACCCACAUGGUCGAAGCCAUCUGGCCUACGUCAUCGCCAGCUUGCAAAGAGGUGGGCAGCAGUGCUGUGCUCCCGCUGCGCAGUUUCAUUCAAGAAACUUUGCGCCGGUCCCGCACCAGCUACUCGACCCUUCAAGUUGCCUUGUACUACCUUGUCCUGAUUAGACCUCACGUUCCGAGCCAUGAUUUCACCAUGGAACAGCCCGACAGCAACCGAGAAUGCCAGGCCCUCCAAUGUGGUCGCCGCAUGUUCCUCGCAGCUCUCAUCUUGGCGUCCAAGUAUCUGCAAGAUCGCAACUACUCGGCCCGUGCCUGGAGCAGAAUCUCUGGACUCAAAACAUCCGAGAUCAACCAAAACGAGAUGGCAUUCAUAUUGGCUGUGAACUGGAACCUGCACAUCACAGAGGAAACCUACAAGAAGUGGUCUGAAUCAGUUCUCAAGUUCACACCCCAGCCUCCUUCGCCUCCCAGCCCCUCAGCACAGCGCGUUUACGAACAGCAGUGCGAACAGUUUCAACGGCUUAUUCUCAACCUGACGCCCUCGCUCGAUAACUUGGAAGAGUUGGCUCCUUGGCUGCGGGCCACUCGGGAGGUAUCUAUUCAGGCCAUCUGCAGCUCCCCUGAGAGUGCCAAUCCUUGGGGCGAUCUGGAUGCGGUUCUCAAGCCACGUUUGGCACCAGUCGUUAUGGAGCCAAGUCCUCCUUCGGCAUACGUUCCUGGCCGCUUUGCGCCUGCAUUAGGCCUGUUGCCUACACCACGCAUCACUCCCCAAACUCGUGGAUUCAGCACUCCUGCUGUGAGUGCUGCUUCCCAAAUUCUUGGAAGAAGUUCAUCAAUGGGUUUCGCCAUGGCCCAAGCCUCCUCCACGUCUGUUGCUCAGACCUUGGAUCGGUGGCCCCCCGCUGUCACCUCGUCUCCCAUGAACCACCUUCCCCGCAGGUCAUCUCUUGCCAACUCGGUCUCGACCGCCUCCUCGCCCGAGUCAAUGGUAUCGGAUUCUUCUCGUCUUUCUCGCUCUUCUUCGAUCUCGUCUCUUUCUUCGGUUAACGCGCCGUCAGCCAAAUUGGAUGCUCAGGCGCGAUGCCGGUAUGGAAGGUCGUUCAGUGAGAGGAUGAGCCUGAAGCCCACCAUCGCUUCGGUUCCCGAAGUCUAUGAGGAGGGUCAUUGUCUGACAGCGUCGCCAGAGUCUUACACCGGCCCGGCGGGUAAGGACUUUUACGAUGGCACGCUGGAUGCUCAAUAUGCGUGCAGGCAGCGUGAGAUGAAUGAUGCGGCCAUGGCCCUUCAAGAGUUGCAGCGUCAAGCGGUCGAUUCUUCGUCAGCUCCGGUCAGAAUCGGAACCAAGCGAAGCCGGACCUUUUCAAUGGACAAUGCCCAGCUGCAGGAGAGUGUGCGUGGAUACCUUUCAAUGGACUCGACCAACGCCGGUGCCUGGCCCGAGUCGAUGGUUCGAGGAAGUCACAAGAGAGUCUGCUGCUCAACCGAGGCGGCUCAGCCGUACAUGAUCUCUUCGCUUCACCCAGCAGUCGGAGGACCAGGAGGUCCAGGGAUGUGGCAGGGAAUUCUGCAGUAA